CACGUUCGCCUAACACGCGAAAGGUCCCCGGUUCGAAACCGGGCGGAAACAGCCCGACAGACGUUAUUUUCUUUGCUUGAAAGAAAGCGUGAGAUCACUUUUUUUUUGAGGUCAGCGUGAGAUUAAUAUAUAUCGGUCUUUCAAAAGACAUGAUCUUGAUAGCAAUUUGAGAGUUUGAACCGUAAGUUUUUAUGUUACUUUAUUCGUUCACCAAAUGUUUUUAUGGAAGCCUUGCCACGUGGAACACGUGCCCCGGGUUUUAAAAAAUGAAUUUGACUCACCAGCUAAUACAUAAAGAAUACUGUACAGCCUAGAAGGAAAGAUCAAAGUGUAAAAGUGGUUAGUCCUGUCGCCUCCUGAGCGUUUUUGUAUUAUGUCACUUGGUUUUUCGUCUGAAGUGUAUGUAAAUAAUCGUAUUAAAAAUCUUCUACUCCAGACGCAGGAAAACCUUUUCCGGUAUAAAGCCCACCUUCCUCUAAUGUUGCGCAUGCCCACUGUGCCCAGCUGCUCCGCUUUCGUGCAUCCCAGACUUCUGUCACCAGGUAAGGGCAUCUUGGAAGCUGAGCCACAGUUGGCUGGGGCACAAAAAAACCAGGGGGUGCCAAGAGUUUUCAGGUUCGUAAGCGGGAAAGGGGUGCCGAGUCUCAGCUAAAAAAUCCCCCAUGGCAGAGAUCCGAGUAUACAUGCAGCAGUUUCCACCGGUGGGGGCCCCGAGAAAGGGGAGGAUGAUGGGAGAAGACAAGCAACUACAAGCCCCCGUAUCCAGUGCGCAGCUGGCUUCAGGAGAGAGGCCCGCGGCGCAGUGCUGCCGGGCCUCGGCGCAGAGCCCCGGCAGAGCGCCAGACGCUGACUGCCGACACCAGAAUGCUCGCGAUGAGGAAGACAGGCGGAGCGCUGCGAGCUAGCGAGCCCUCAGCUCUCGUAUCCAUGACGCCUGCUGCUUCGAGGGACCCCUGGCAUGCUGGGGAGUGGGUCUCUGUGGGCCAUCCUGUCCCGUCCCGGCCGGCGCUGGAUCCCCACCGCCCCAGAGCCUCCCGCACGGCCACGGGAUGACAGAGCCGGACAUGACGCCACCGUGGAAGGAAGGGAGGGGCGGAGCGUGGCGCGGUGACGUCCUCCCAAGAUGGCGGAGACAGAGUGAAGAAACUGUGUUCCCCCACUUGGGUUGCUAUCGAUCAAGGGUAGAAUUCCAUUCUGAUAUCAAAAUGCAGUAUUCGCACCACUGUGAGCACCUUUUAGAGAGAUUGAACAAACAGCGGGAAGCAGGUUUUCUUUGUGACUGCACCAUAGUGAUUGGGGAAUUCCAGUUUAAAGCUCAUAGGAAUGUGCUGGCCUCCUUUAGUGAGUAUUUUGGUGCGAUCUACAGAAGCACUUCUGAGAAUAAUGUCUUUCUUGAUCAGAGUCAGGUGAAGGCUGAUGGAUUUCAGAAACUGUUGGAGUUUAUAUACACAGGAACUUUAAAUCUUGACAGUUGGAAUGUUAAAGAAAUUCAUCAGGCUGCUGACUAUCUCAAAGUGGAAGAGGUGGUCACUAAAUGCAAAAUAAAGAUGGAAGAUUUUGCUUUUAUUGCUAAUCCUUCUUCUACAGAGAUAUGUAGUAUUACUGGAAACGUUGAAUUGAAUCAACAGACUUGUCUUCUUACUCUGCGAGAUUAUAAUAAUCGAGAGAAAUCAGAAGUAUCUACAGAUUCAGUUCAGGCAAAUCCUAAACAAGGGGCAUUAGCAAAAAAGUCAUCUCAAACAAAAAAGAAGAAGAAGCCUUUCAACUCCCCGAAAACAGGGCAGAAUAAAACAGUGCAAUAUCCCAGUGACAUCUUAGAGAAUGCGUCUGUUGAAUUAUUCCUAGAUGCAAAUAAACUGUCCACACCUGUAGUAGAACAAGUUGCACAAAUAAAUGAUAAUUCAGAACUCGAGUUGACAUCAGUUGUGGAAAAUACUUUUCCAGCACAAGAUAUUGUACAGACUGUUACAGUGAAACGGAAACGUGGAAAAUCACAGCCAAACUGUGCUCUGAAAGAACACUCUAUGUCUAAUAUAGCCAGUGUCAAGAGUCCUUAUGAGGCAGAGAACUCUGGGGAAGAGCUGGAUCAGAGGUAUUCCAAGGCCAAGCCAAUGUGUAACACAUGUGGGAAAGUAUUUUCAGAAGCCAGCAGUUUGAGAAGGCACAUGAGAAUACACAAAGGAGUUAAACCUUACGUCUGCCACUUAUGUGGAAAGGCAUUUACCCAAUGUAACCAGCUGAAAACGCAUGUAAGAACUCAUACAGGUGAGAAGCCAUACAAAUGUGAAUUGUGUGAUAAAGGAUUUGCUCAGAAAUGUCAGCUAGUCUUCCAUAGUCGCAUGCAUCAUGGUGAAGAAAAACCCUAUAAAUGUGAUGUAUGCAACUUACAGUUUGCAACUUCUAGCAAUCUCAAGAUUCAUGCAAGGAAGCAUAGUGGAGAGAAGCCAUAUGUCUGUGAUAGGUGUGGACAGAGAUUUGCUCAAGCCAGCACAUUGACCUAUCAUGUCCGUAGGCAUACUGGAGAAAAGCCUUAUGUAUGUGAUACCUGUGGGAAGGCAUUUGCUGUCUCUAGUUCUCUUAUCACUCAUUCUCGAAAACAUACAGGUGAAAAACCAUACAUAUGUGGUAUUUGUGGGAAAAGUUUUAUUUCCUCAGGAGAGCUCAACAAACACUUUCGGUCCCAUACAGGAGAGAGACCAUUUAUCUGUGAAUUAUGUGGAAAUUCUUACACAGAUAUUAAAAAUUUAAAGAAGCACAAAACAAAAGUCCAUUCUGGUGCAGAUAAAACUCUAGACUCCAGUGUAGAGGAUCAUACUUUGAGUGAACAAGAUUCCAUACAAAAAAGUCCUUUAUCAGAAACUAUGGAUGUGAAGCCUUCUGAUAUGACUUUACCAUUAGCUCUUCCACUUGGGACUGAGGACCAUCACAUGCUUCUGCCUGUCACGGAUACUCAGUCUCCUACAUCAGAUACAUUGUUGAGGUCAACUGUGAAUGGGUAUUCAGAACCACAAUUAAUUUUUUUACAACAAUUAUACUGACUUUGUGAGGAAUAUGGAAUUGCUAAGAUGUCAUUGGUAGCAAACAUCUCUGGUAAGGUGCAUAUAUUCAUACUAAAUUCCCAUUCAUUUGAGUUGUGACCAUUAUUUUUCAUUCACUGAAGUAAAAGCACCUGAUGCUGCAUCACAACUGCAAUGUUUGUUUUUAUUUUUGGCUUUUAUGUCUAUACUCCACACAGCUUUUUAAGGAAUGAAUUAUGUAGCACUAUUUUGGGUGAAUGAGUUUUAUUUUCUUUUAAAGCUGCCUUAAUUCCAUUUUUAUUUUGCAUUUUAGAAUUGCCCUUCAUUUACUAAAUCAGCCAGUUAAUGUGAUUCAGUUUUGACCUGUGGGACUUUAAAAUUUUCCUGCCCUCAGAAUUUAAGCAAAAUCCAUGAUAGUAUCAGCCCAAGAGUGUGUUACUAUUUGUCAGCCCCACGGAUCAAUACAUAAACUAUGGAGAAAAAGUAAAAUUUCAUUAUUUCUGCUCGUGAAAAUUUAGGUGCUGAAUAAGAAUUGUGCUAUUUCUCUAUUAAUAUAUUCUGUUAGAAAUAACUUUUCUAAUGAAACAACAAAUGUUUCUCAAAAUCUAGAAAAGUGCGUAUAAAUUUUUGUUCAUUUAGAACUCAGUAUUCUGGAGAAAACCAAUGGUCAGUACUUUUGGUUUGAGUUAUCUGAGAUUCUAUUUUCAAAAUGAAUUUUAAGUAGAUAUUUGGUGUUUUUAUCUUGUCAAAGACAGUUUCAGAAUUUGAUUCAGUUUAUGUUUUAUUCAGUUUCUAAAAUAUUGGAGAUGAGGAAAAUGUACUUGAGUUUUGAAAUAUUUUGGUAAGCCUCUAUUAUGCCUGUUAUGCACUUUUAAAAUAAAUAUUAAAUUCCAGAAAGAAUUUUCUAGAUAUAAACUUAAUGCAUACUAGAAAUCACUCGGCUUCUAAAUUUGGUACAUUAUAUUGCAUAAAGAGUUAAGAAAUUAACCUCAAUUAUAAGUAAACAUUUUGAGUUAGCAGAAAGCCAAUUUUAAAUAUUUUAUAUUUGAGUUUUCUAUAAGUUUGGGGUUUGUUAAUUUUAUAAAUUAAACAACAACUUUUGGUUGUGGUUGUAGUUUCACAAUGGUACUUCUCCUUCCAAUCGAAUGUAGAAAAUUCGUUAUUAUCCUGAUAUUUGCACCACUCAUCCCCAUGCCACUUUUCCCACAUAUUAAUUUAUUUCACUGCCUGAUCUUUGGAUAUGAAAUUAUCAGUUCCAUGAAGUCAAUUUUUAUAAUGCCGAUCAAACAGCAUGGUGACAUUCUUUCUUAUUCUUUUUUUCCCCCCCACAAGGCUAUUUUUCAGUGUGAGAUGACAUCAUUUAUUAUUUCUGCCAUGCUGUGACUUUUGUUUUCUGCUUUUAAACUACACCUGUAGUACAGUUAAUAUGGUUUUUAUUGGUGUUGAUUUCUUUAAUUCAUUAAUUUUCUCUACUUGGGACCCAAGUCACAGGAACCAAUUAGAAGACAUAAUAAAAAUACUUAAUGCUUGUAAUCUGUAGAGAUCUUCACCAUUUCACAGCACACACAUUAUUUUCAUAAUAAAUUGCCACUGGUGGGACAUGGGACUGACUUAUUUGAAUAGAGUUUGAAAUACCACCUUUGUACGAUACAAACUUAAUAUUUGAUUAUUUUAUUUAAGAAAUUUAUGCAUGUGUAUUAAGUUAAAAUAGUGGGUUUAAAUAAAAUUCAUAAAGCAUUAGAAUGUUCACCUAAUCUCUUCUGGGUUAAAUGUGAUAGGACUGUAUUGGAAUGUGAAGAAAUUAAAGAAAAUUAAAAGA